UUUGCAUCAAGUACAGCGCAUCAAGCGUGCUAUAAUGCACUUGUAGUGGUUGGAACAGCAUGGCGAAAAAUGACAGUUGGCAUGCAAGACCUAAAGGAAUUAUACAUCGUUAAAAACUGGCAUGUGACAUUCGAAAGGUUGCCAGCCCCUUUUAAGGAAACAUGCUAGCAGGAAAUGAAGUGAUGUCACGGACCUCACACAAAAGCAUAACUCUACACCUCCUGCUGAACCUCACCCAACAACCAGGGCUUUUUUGGGCAGAGGAACAGGAGUACUAGCAGACCACACAGGCUGAACUGGGCCUCCAUGAUGAAUGGACAACCCCAUGCUGGAGUAAAAUAACAACACGGGGAACUGUCUGCUCACCUUUCUCCAAGAUAACUUCCACCGCUAUGGUCACUGCUUAGGCAUCUGUCUUGUCUCGUCGGUAUGUUCAGCUGAAUGAGUGCUCCUUCUUUCUUGUGGUUAUGUUCUCUUGCUAGAUUCUGGAGUGCUUUGGAGUCUAUUCACCAUGGGGAAGAAUCGAGAGAAGCCCCAGCCCCCGCAGUUAAUUGUUUUGUUCUGUAAGGAGUGGCCCAGAUGUCUGUAGUCAGGCAACGGCUUGACCCUUCCUUUGGAAUUCAGCUGCAUGGGUGAAGGCAUCCGAGACGAAGCUUAGGAGCGGGCCAUUCUUUCAAAGCCCGCUUUUUGUGUUGUUAACUAAGGAUGGACCGAUCAGUGUUUCUGGGGGAUACCGAUCACCCAUCACCUUCAGCAUGAUCGGCUGAUAGUCGAUACCGAAGUGGGGCUGGACUGUUAGGCCUUUUCACACUUAAAUUAAUCUCACCUUAGGAGCGAUGGAGGAGGACGUCUGACCAUUCUGCUUCAUCGCCAUGCAACCUUAACUGCUUUAGGAAAAGCAAGAAGAGAACACUGCUGACUUUCAUCCUCUUUGCAUUUUGUCCUCAUGACAGCCCAUGCUCUCCAGGGCUGCUUAUUCUGACCACUCAGCAGGCAUGUCCUUGUGCUGAGCUCUGUUCUUUGACAUUGCCAUGACCAGUCUGAAGCGUUCACAGACCGAGCGCUCUGUGGGGGGCUCUGUGCCUGCCACAGAUGAAUUCUACACCCGUCGCCUGCGCUUGCCCAAUGGUGGGGCGCCCCCCCCGCGCAGUGAGAGCACCCACCUGUCUGGAUGCACACCUGGAGUGCCCAAGAUGGGAGUUCGAGCAAGAGUUGCAGACUGGCCCCCGAGGAAAGAUGGCGGAAGUGGUGGUGGAAGUGGUGGAGGAGGAGGGGGUGGGAGUGGUGGUGGGGGAGGAAGUGGAGGAGGAGGGGGUGGGAGUGGGAGUGGGGGAGGAAGUGGAGGCGGAGGGGGUGGGGGUGUGUGGCACAUUACUGUGGAGACCGACUCACCGACCCCCCCACAGAGCACCCAGAGCAACCUUUCUGCCAAGCUGGGUCACCUGAUCAGCCCUCAGGAUUCCUCCAUGCUGCGCAACAUUCAGAACACUUUGAAGAACAAGAUGCAGAGCAAGGGCAAAGACAACCGCUUCCUGUCCCCUGAUGGCUACCUGGGCUCGCCACGCAAGGGCAUGCGGCGCAUCAGACAGCGCAGCAAUAGCGACAUCACAAUCAGUGAGCUGGAUGGGGAUGGCAACGAGGGCUGGUCCUUCUCAGGCUGGACCCCAAUGCACCGGGAGUACGGCAGUACCUCGUCCAUUGACAAGCAUGGGGUCUCUGGAGAGAGCUUCUUUGACAUGCUUAAAGCUUACCAGACAGACGCACCUGACCAGCGCAGCCCUGCUCCAGAGAAACUGAGCGAACUCCUAACCGUAGCUCACAAGCAAACUGCUCUUGACUUACCAGAUGGUCCUUUGGGACCCCCAAGAGGAAGUCCUGCAAGUCGUCUAAAGGAGAGAGAGAAACACCUGAAGCGGCGCUCGAAGUCUGAGACCGGAGGGGAGUCCAUAUUCCGCAAGUUACGAAGUGUCAAAGCCGAGGGCGAUUCUUCUCGUGCUGGUUCUGAUGCGGAAGACGGAAAAUCUGAUGAUGCAGGUCCUCCCCCCAAGCCUUGGGUCUGUCAGAAAGGAUUUGCCCACUACGAUGUCCAGAGCGUCCUCUUUGACUUGAACGAGGCUGUCCAGAGCCGGCAGAGUGUUGUCAAGAGGAAGAACACCACCACAGGAGCCUCGGCUGCUGCUGCAGCUUCAGCCUCCACCUCCUCCUCCCUCUCCUCCACCCAAAGUGGGGCCUAUGGUUCCCCCUGUGGCAGCCAAGAGGAACUCAAUGUUAAGGAUGGACCCUCGCUGGAUUCAGGUGAUGACAAAAGUAACGAUCUAGUUCUCAGCUGCCCCUGCUUCCGUAACGAGAUAGGUGGUGAAGGCGAGAGGAACAUCAGCCCGUCAAAGCAAGGCAGUAUUGGCAGCGGAUCCUCCAGCUCCUCAAGGGAUGAGGAUGGAUCCCCAGAUGUGGCUCCCAACACCCAUUUCAGCAAUGCGGGGGUGGCAGUGCUGGAAGCUCCCAAGGAUGGCAAGAGCAUUCACCAUGAGCGGGGAAAGAACAAUAUUGUGGAACAUGUGGACUUGGGGUCCUAUUACUACAGGAAGUACUUCUAUUUGAGAGAGCACUGGAACUACUUGGGGGUGGAUGAAACACUGGGGCCAGUGGCUGUGAGUCUUCGGCGAGAGAAGCUGGAGGAUCACAAGGAGCAUGGCCCGCAAUACAAUUACCGAGUCAUCUUCAGAACCAGUGAGUUGACAACUCUGAGAGGCUCUAUUAUGGAAGAUGCCGUGCCCUCUACUUCGAAGCACGGUUUGGCUCGAGGCCUGCCUCUAAAGGAAGUGCUGGAAUACCUCGUGCCAGAACUCAAUGCUCACUGCCUUCGGCUUGCUCUCAACACACCCAAAGUCACGGAACAGCUGAUGAAACUGGAUGAACAAGGGCUCAGUUUCCAGCUGAAGGUGGGGGUGAUGUACUGUCUGGCUGGCCAAAGCACUGAGGAGGAGAUGUACAAUAAUGAAGCAGCCGGUCCGGCACUGGAGGAGUUCCUGCAGCUGCUGGGAGAACGUGUGCGCCUCAAGGGUUUCACCAAGUACCGUGCCCAGCUGGACACCAAGACGGACUCAACUGGCACACAUUCCUUAUAUACCACUUACAAAGACUAUGAAAUAAUGUUCCAUGUCUCUACUAUGUUGCCCUACACGCCCAACAACAAACAGCAGUUGCUAAGGAAGCGACACAUUGGAAAUGACAUUGUCACCAUUGUGUUCCAAGAACCUGGAGCAAAGGCCUUCAGCCCUAAGAACAUCCGCUCUCACUUUCAACACGUCUUUGUGGUGGUGCAGGUGCACAACCCCUGCUCUGACAACACGUGCUACAGCGUGGCGGUGGCUCGUUCCAGAGACGUCCCUGCGUUUGGGCCGCCCAUUCCGGAAGGCGUGAAGUUUCCCAAAUCUACCGUCUUUCGGGACUUCCUGCUGGCCAAGGUCAUCAACGCGGAGAACGCCGCUCACAAGUCGGACAAAUUCCGUGCCAUGGCCACCCGCACUCGGCAGGAGUACCUGAGAGACCUGGCCGAGCGCCACGUGACCAGCACCCCCAUAGACCCCUCGGGCAAGUUCCCAUUCAUCUCACUGGCCCACAAGCGCAAGGAGAAGAGCCGGCCGUACCCCGGGGCUGAGCUGCGCAGUCCAGGUGCCAUCACCUGGCCCGUGUAUGCAGAGGACCAUGGAGCGGGAGGAGAGCUGGAGGCCUUGCUGGCCAUCUCCAACGACUUCUUGAUUCUGGUGGAUCCUGAGGCCAAGGCCGUGGUGUUUAACUGCGCUGUACGGGACGUCAUUGGCUGGACAAUGGGAAGCCCCGCCUCCAUGAAGAUUUUCUAUGAGCGUGGAGAAAACAUCUCACUGCGUUCCAUCAACAACAACACGGAAGACUUCAGAGAGGUCGUCAAACGCCUGGAGCACCUGACUAAAGGCUGUGAGACCACUGAGAUGACCCUUCGCAGAAACGGCCUGGGUCAGCUGGGCUUCCACGUCAACUAUGAGGGCAUUGUGGCCGAGGUGGAGCCCUAUGGAUAUGCCUGGCAAGCAGGCCUGCGCCAGGGCAGCCGACUGGUGGAGAUUUGCAAGGUGGCCGUGGCAACGCUCUCCCAUGAACAGAUGAUUGACCUGUUGCGGACCUCCGUCACCGUGAAGGUGGUGAUCAUUCCACCUCAUGAGGAUUCCACACCUCGAAGGGGCUGUUCGGAGCUGUACCGCAUGCCGGUGGGAGAGUAUAAGGGAAGCGGUGACAGCGGUUCCUUCGAGUACAAGUUUCCUUUCCGCAGCAACAACAACAAAUGGCAGCGCACAUCCUCCAGCCCCCAGCAGUCCCUUACCGCCUCACCCCAGAGCCACAGUGGCACCCCCAACCGCGCUGUCAGCCUGGGGGCCAGCAUGGGCAAGACACUAUCUGCUGAGCGCCCAGAGAGGGCCGCUGCUAUCCCCCGCAGUGUGUCCAGUGACGGACGGCCUUUGGACUCCAAGAGGAUGUCUCCGGGCUCGGAGAACUACUCGCUGGCCUCCUCUAUCGUGAUGAGCCGUUCCCCUCACAACCGCAGCUCCCCCAGCAACCUCUCCUGCUCCAGUGAUACAGGCUCGGGUGGUUCCGCCCACUGGAGGCAAAAGUCCAUGCCUGAGGGAUUUGGGCCGAACAGACACUCUCCUCUCCCACCGGAGCGGCAGAUGAUGGGUGAGGGGGGCAGCAGCGGCAAGUCGACCCCUAGCUGGCCCAGGGUGGACGACUCGGACAGAGCAGCAGCAGAUGCUCCAGUUGCUAAGCCUGGACCUUCCUAUUCAGGCGGCCCACGCAUCCAGCGGCAGGAGCAGGUCAUUCACCUCUCCCCGAAGAAGAGCAGCCAGUCUGAGGGCCCAUGCUCCCACUCCAGCAGCAACACUUUAUCCAGUACAGCAUCCAGUGGCGGUCACAGUGAUGAGAAGUGGUAUGAUCUUGGAGGAGGAGGGCCAGGAGAUGGGGCCGACUCAGAACCGAACGGUCUGGGCGGGGGUGGCUACCUGCAGGGGGCUUCGGCUGAUAGCGGCAUUGACACCACAUCCUACGGGCCUCCUCAUGGCAGCUCCAGCUCCCUGCUGGCCGUGGGUGCACCUGCACCCCGGGAGAGAGCUUCCUCACCCUGGCAUGGUCCUUCAGAGGGCGGUCGGCGCGUUUUAGAGAGAUCUCCUCCAGCUGCGGAAUCACCUGUGUCUCCUGCAGAGGCGCCAGCCACUCGCAGCCCCCCAACACAUCUGCUGGUGAGGGAUGGUAGCACCUACAGCCUCAGCGACAUGGCCUCCCACUCCAGCUCUCGUCACUCUGUGAGCCCCGCUGUGCUCAGCUCCAGCCACAGCUCUCCACGAGACGAGUCACCCUCAGCCACUUCACCUUCCUCCUCCCAAAGCUCCGUCUCCCCAGGCCCCAAGAGCUUCUACCCACGCCAGGGAGCCACUAGCAAGUAUCUGAUCGGCUGGAGGAAGCCUGGCAGCACCAUCAACUCUGUGGACUUUGGAGACACACGCAAGAGGCCACAGGGUGAGGGGCCAGAUGGUGGGCCGUCUCAGCCUCGGCCUUCUCUCCGAGACCUGCAUUCUCCUCAACCCCUCGGCAAAUCCACUGUUGAGGAGGACCUGAAGAAACUCAUCACUUUAGACAGCCCUCCUGCCCACCGCCAUGACGACAAGUCGGUGUCUUCCUCUGGUCCAUCAGGCACAGGCCGACGUUCUCUGCAGCGUACCCUGUCAGAUGAGAGUAUAUAUCGGGGUCAGCGGCUGCCGUCUCUGGGCGACACGGUGCUGGAGCAGGCCGUGGCCAGUGACGUCCUUUUCAGCUGCUCCACCCUGCCCCGCUCCCCCACAACCCGCGGAGCUCCCCUCCGCAGACCUUCCUACAAACUGGGCAUUAAGAUGCAUGGUGACCUCUCCGCAUCUGACACCUCUCUAGCAGACCUGCACGAGCGCCAGAGGCACCCCUCUCCAGAGCUGGGCCUCAUGCCCCUACCUGAUACUGACACUGACAGCGGCCUGGACUGGACCCACCUGGUGGAUGCUGCCAAUGCUUUCGAGGGUGAGGGGAGACCCCCACGCAUCCAGAGAGGGUUUAUGUUCAGUUCUCAGGACAUCAGUCAUCGAGGUGAAAGCUCUCAGCAGCUGGAGCUGCUGCAACCAGUUCCCCACUCUCGGCUCUCUCCCAGUGAAAUCCCUGUAGGUUUUGCUGGGAAGAUUUCACAGCUAGAAGCCCUGGUGAAGAUGUUGCAGGAGGACCUAAAGAAGGAGAGAGAAGAAAAGCUGAAGCUGCAGGCUCAGAUCAAGAGGCUGUGGGAGGACAACCAGAGGCUCCAGGAAGAGUCCCAGAACUCAGCUGCCAAGCUCAAAAAGUUCACAGAGUGGGUCUUCAACACCAUUGACCUGAACUGAGUCCACACUGUAGCACCGGGGGAGCAGGAAGGAGGAGCCGAAGAACUCCCCCUGCUCUGAGUGUGACCACUGGGACCAACACAAGCACAAAUCUCUGCUUUCAACACGUCAAAACUUCCAUACAGACUGUCAAGCAAUUCCUGUUUUAGGUUAUUGGAGACUCAGAAAUGGCACCGAAAAACGUUCACAUUUUUGACUGAGGAAGAAUUUUUGCUUCUUACUUAUCAAUGAAGGACCUCUCGUCUUGUACUCCAGAGGUUUGACAAAGCUUCUAAUUACUUCACUCUCAGACAUCUGCCUCAGCUGCUUGGUUUCUCAGCCGGUGAGGCUGUUCCAUCUUUGGUCAUCCAGCUUUGGCCAUCCACACAGGCCAGGAACUAGGAAAAAAAGAAUGAAUAAAUCAGUGACUCUUUCUUGCUUACAGAGAGGGAAUCAUUUUUGCGCUUUAUAAGAUCUUGCCAUGUUGUGAAAUUUUGCUGAGUCACUGUGGUUUCUGAGUUUGUUUCUUUUCUUCUUUUUUUGCCACCUCAUUAAUAGAGAGGCUGGUAGAGUGUUGUGGUGUGCAGAUCUACAAUGCAGCAGUUUUGCAUUUCAAAAGAAGGAAGCCACGUCUUUCUGAGGUGCCAUGAAGUGAACUGGUUGUGAUGAUGAAGUAUGGGCUCUUUCAUCCUGACAAUUUUUAAAAGCAAUAGCAGAAAGUCUGACGUUUCUGAUACCUCUGCUUUGCAGGACUCUAAACGAAGCGUAAUAAUUCUGGCGGGAUCCCUCUUAAAUAAAGCAGUUGGACAUCUCAAGCCUGUGGUACGAAAGCAGAAGACUCUACAGUCUCCACGAAUGUCAAUCAGGAAUUGAAAGAUGAGUCUUUUUUGGGGGAACAGUUAUUCAGAGUUAUUUAUUUCAUUUGUAUCAUAACUAAAUAAGUUGCUUUAUGCGUACAGUACAUCAAUGUUCAUUUUCCAGACAGAAGACGCUUAUUAUUUAGUUUUUUUAUUAUAAUUAUGAUUAUUAUGAUUAUUAUUAUUAUUUUAUUCUAGUAGAAUUCAGCGUGAUGCUGAGUAUCUUUUUGUAUGCUUGUGGUGCCCUAGCCUGCUAUUGUUGUGUUGCCUUAGUGCCAUCUAGUGGUGAAAAGUGAUUGUUUCACUCGACUUCUGCUAUAAUCUGUAUUUCGGUUUGUGUUCAGAUGUUUCAGAACCUACCUUAUCAUUUCAGCUGUUUGCAAGCAUUUGCGUUAUCCUGAAGCAAUUUAAUAGAAAAGGGUGGGUCUGUAUGUUAAGUUUGUUCUUUUCUGACCAGGCCUGUGCCAGUAUGAGGAGAGAGAGAGAGGGAUUAGGAGGUUCAAUAAAAGAACAGACGCUUAUGUACACUUGUGGAACCUCUCCCUCACAGUUGACCUUGGUAACCAGAUCUACUGAAAUAUCCCAAAGGACAAGGACCUGCUUGGCUGUCAUCAGCACGGUCAGUGGUUUACUGUGUCUUAGCAGGCCAAUGCCGAAUGCCGGGCCUUGUGAUUAUGUGCCCACAUUUCCUUUCGGCUGGCUUUGCGUAACGGAUUGGGAGCACAGAGCCAAGUGGAGAGCCUGGUGAGAGGAAAGGCUUAGUCAGCCUGCUUUGCAGCCAAUAAUCAAUAACACUGAACAGCUGUGUCCUGUAAUCUCUCACCCAAUCACAGCGCUGUUGCGUCUCUCAUCGGUCCCAGAGAACAUCUGAAGCGUCCUCCACCCACCCGCCUUCCAAACAUAGUGGCGUUUUUUCUGACCACAGAAAGGUCAAUCGUCAAAGGCCAUGCACUUGCCCCCCUGCUGCAUUACUGACCCAAUAUUGCAGUAAGUACAUGCGCCACUGCUCUCUGGUUAGCAGGGUCUUUCUCAGAGGGCUCUCACAAUAGAGAUGUCAGUCGAGCUUUGAGCUUCAGGAUGCUUUAUUUAUCACAGCCAGAAUGAGCAGCCCCAGCAGGUUGAAUUUUUUUGUAUUCGACAGUGAAUGGCGAUUAUUGAUUCUGUUCUAGGAAUCAUGUGAAGCAUCUCAAUAGAUUCCCUUCUGCUAGAAGCAGGUAAACAAACACUACUAACCCUGCCUGUAGCUCUUCAUUUGCCCUCAGCCAAAAUUCCAGCAUAUAGUUCCUUUUUUGUACAAUAUAGAGAACAAGCGCAUCUGAAUUGAUUAAAAAAUGAUGAGUUCCAUUUUUCCUCUUCAGCUUCAUUCCAUCUUCUUAAGUCAGGAGGGUUUUUUGAGCUUCUCUGGCUCUCUCGCAGCUGAGAAUGUGAUUCCUGUGUUAACGGUUCUGAUAUCUCACCUUCUAAGGUUUUGUUCUACCUUAUUUCCAGUUUUUUAAAACCUUGUUUUGUUUGAAAAGGUAAAUAUUGAAGACUGUGGGAAUGUGAAUGUUAAUUCAUUUUUUUUCAUUUAAACUCAGAUUCCUUUGCACUGUAAACUUCCUGUUUUUUUUUCUUUUAUUGUAUAGAUUUAUUAUUGCUAUUGGUUUAAAGUUGAUGGAGCCACACAAAACUAAACAUGUCAGUCUUAAAACCCUCGCCUCUCCUGGUAUGUGUGCCGUCACUCCUGAGGAAGAAGAGCUCCGGAUCAUGGCUCCCUUCCUCACGUGCUGCCUUUAGAACGUGUCAGUAGAUGUUACUUCACGAACCCUCUCGCCUCGACGUCUCUGAGGAGUUGUGUUUUUAAUGAUGUGCACAUUUUAAAAGGAGCAUUAUAUUUAACGAGAAGUACUGUUUACAUAUGCUGUUCAUUUUAUUUGUAAAGUGUAGAGGUUUAAAAAGAUGAUUUCCAGUGAUAACAGUAUUAAAUUUCAUAAAUAAAUUAAAAAAACAAAAACAAAGAACUUGAUUUGAGGUGCUGUAAUUUUUCAUGAAGUGGUCUAAACGAUAGGCUGUUGCUUGCCGCCUGCUCUAUGAGGUGUAUACUCUGCCAUUGCUUUCUGGGCCAAUAAAUUAAUUUAUAUUCAUAGGUGAAUGUGAUGUGAUGUCUCCUUGUGUUUUAUUAUGACUAAGCACUGUUUUCUUUUUCCACGCUUUUCCCCUCUUCUCCCUUUUCAGCAGUGUCCUGUUUCUAGAUGCACAGCUGAUUUAUUUUAUUUAUGUUCUUUUUCUUUUCUUUUCUUUUUUUUUU